AUGUCUGUCACUACAAUCAACCCCUUCGCGAACCCGCGCAUCGGCGUCGCGGCGAUCGUCCAGCGCAAGGACGGCAAGAUCGUGGUUGGAAAGCGGGAGAGUAGCCACGGCGCAGGUAACGUCAACCCUUCUCAAAUCCCGACUCCUGAAGGUACAUGGCAGCUCCCCGGCGGGCAUCUUGAAUUCGGGGAGUCCAUCUUCGGCUGCGCGGAGCGCGAGACGGCGGAGGAGACGCAGCUCAAAGUCAAGGCGAGAAAGAUCGCCGGCGUGACGAACGACGUGUUUCAGGAGCAGGGGAAGCACUACGUGACGCUGUUCGUGAGGUGCGAGAUGGAGGAUGAGGCGGCUGAGCCGGUGAACCUGGAACCUGAAAAGUGCUCUGGGUGGUACUGGAUGUCGUGGGAUGAGGUCAGAGAGAUCAACGCAAAGGCGAAGGAGGGGGGUGCGAUGAAGCUGUUUAUCCCGCUGGCUCAUCUAAUUGUAGAGAACCCCGGUAUUGAAAAUGCCUGA